GAUGGAAAAAAAAUGCAGUUAAAGCGCCUAGAAAUGGCGGGAGUUAGGGUUUCUCAUCUCCGCAUCCCCUUUUUCUUCAUCUCUUGGCGACCUUUAACCAAUCUUUCCUUCAUCUUAUUCUUCGAUUCCUUUUCUUCAAUUCGAUAUAAUUCUUCAGAUCGAUUUUGAUUUCGAUUUCGAUUUCUCCUGUCAUACGUUUGCUCAAAACGUUCUUUCGUCGUUGGAAUCUUUUCAGAAGAUCUGCCCUGUACCGUUGUCUAGAUCACUUCUUAUCUUCGAAUUCGAAUUCAGUUGAAUCCAUCAUAUAAUUUGUAUGGAAUUCCAUUCUUCCAGCAAGCGGAGGGGAGAAGAGGAACGUCGAUCCCCUCUUCCGUCCUCCAAGAAGCAGAGGAUUCCAAUCCCUGAGUUGGGUUUCUUCCACCUCCGAUCCCUCAGCGGCGGCCCCGAUCCACCCCGCGAGCUCAUCUGUCUGAGAUCCGAUCGGGUCUACACUGCAGGCCGGGAGAGCAGGCGCUGCGGGAUCGUUUUCCGUCAUCGUUGCAUCAGCAGGCGCCACUGCCAGUUCUUCCUCGAUGGAUCUGAUCGCAAGCUUCGGUUGAUAGAUGGCUUCUUUCUUACUGACACUUCAGAUCUCGACGAGACAAGGCGGAGAUUCCGGUCUGCAGGGCAUGGUUUGGCGUCUAGGGUUUCCUUGAAUGGAGUCUUCAUCAAUGGCCGCAGGCUUCCCAAAGGCAUCGCUGUAGAACUGACCGUCGGCGAUGAGAUUUUGCUUGGUUGUCCGAAUGCAUCGGAUGAUAAUUGCAGGAUCAAGUAUGGUUUUGUUGUAGAGAGGAUCCUUUUAUCGGAGGCCACGGGACGCUUUGAUCCUAAAGAUGCCUUCUUUUCCAAGGGAAACGUGGUCUCCGACGAUACCACUCUCUGCAGGUCGGGGUUUGAAGAAUUGGUCCCAAGAGCAGUGUUCCUUCUGAACCAGUUGAGAAGCAUCUUAGGGUGCUCAGAUCCUGUGUCCUAUUUGAGGAAUUUUUUCAAUUUGGAUCAUCAUGGAAAGAGAAGUGUUGAGAGGGUUGUGGAACAUGGCUUGAAGAAAAUCCAUGCUCUGGAUACGGAGAAACGCUCCAAGUUGGUCGCCACUUGGAGAAAUGCUGCCACUGAAGUGAUUUCUUCUGAAGAAUCUGAUCGAAAUGUUGUUGGGAACUAUGAGCACGGAGAGUGCUCCACGAACCCAGUUGGAAAAAGUGAACAUACCCACAGUCAAUCGCAUCUGAAGAGAGAUCCAGGGAUUGGUUGUUACUCGGAUGGUAAGACGUUCUUUCUGAAUCGCCUUGAAUUUAUGGGUCCCGGUACAUCAAGUCAACAUGCUGGAGUCACUUUGCCUGAGCUUCUCCAUCCUGUCAAAAGCCUUAUCCGAGUAUUUAUUGCAACAUUUACUUGUGAUGUAUCUUGGUUUUUGUCAUGUUGUCAAGUGCCAAACCAUCUACCUAUAACAAUUGCAUGUCAUAGUCGCGAGAGAUGUUGGAGUUCGAGCCAUGAUAGCAGAACAUCAUCACCAUAUGCAAACUAUCCAAACUUAUUGCUUGUUUACCCCCCAUUUUGUGAUGAAAUAGCCUUUGGAAAAGAUCGCAGAAAGCAAGGCAUUGCAUGUCAUCACCCAAAAUUGAUUGUCUUGCAAAGGGAGCAUAGUAUUCGUGUUGUCAUAACUUCAGCAAAUCUGGUUCCUAAACAGUGGAACCACAUAACCAACACAGUUUGGUGGCAAGAUUUUCCUUGUAGAACUGCUCCAGAUUAUUCAGCUCUUUUUGGUACAAUUGAAGAAUCAAAAUCUGACUUUGCUGCUCAACUAGCUGGGUUUAUAGCAUCUCUUAUCACUGAUGUACCCAGCCAAGCACACUGGAUCAAAGAAUUGACUAAAUAUGACUUUCGAGGGGCUGUUGGUCAUCUGGUUGCUUCAGUACCUGGAAUACAUGCACAGAGCUCUUGUUACCUUGAUGCUGAUUAUUGUCUCUCUGCACAACAGACCGUGCAUUCAAAAUCUGUUGCCAGAAAUUUUCUUGGUUGUGUUCAAGCAUCUGUAGUUGGUUUAAGCCAUCGUUUUCGUGCUGCAACUGACUCUAACUGUGCUCAAGUGAAAAUCCUGGCUUCACUUCUUGGAAAAUGUCGGGAGAACACAAGUGGAACCAUAGAAGUUCUGUUGAAACGAAACAUGAAUAUACCUGCAGAUGCUAAUGCUGUGAGCGUUCUUGUUGCAGAUUUAGAUGAACUUUCUGAGGGAGAUGCUAUACAACUUGGUUUUUUGCCUAGGGAUGUUGCAAAGUGGGUAUCACCUCUCAGUGAUGUUGGGUUCUUUAGUUUUUCUGCCUAUGUCUAUCCAAAAGAAGCCCUUGCAGCUGCAUUUGAGGGAAGCAAUUUGAAAGUGCAGCUUGUACUUCGCGUAUCACAGGCAUAUCAAACACUGAAACUGCAUUUUUAUAAUUCUUUUGAAGAAACAACUAUGCUGAUAUCUGUAAUAUGUUAUAAUGGAAGUUUUAGAUCAUGUGGAUGUAACAGAGCUUGCUAUGUAAUGCAGGGGCCAAAAUUUUCUGAAAUAUCAAGUUUGAUCCAGCCUCACCAUGUUGCCUCAUUAUGCUCACUACUUUCAUCCAUACAGAGGUGCCUUGGCCUUUGGCGCUUGCAAGAGGUGUUGUCUCGUUACAAGUGGCUUGAUUCAUUGGAGACAGAUUUUAUAUAUGGUUCCUCCUCAAUAGGAACUUCAGUCAAUUCGCAAUUUUUGGCUGCCUUUUCGGCAGCUGCUGGGAAAAGGUCAUAUCAGUAUCCUGACUCUGAAGAGUCUGAUCCAGAGUGGGGUUGCUGGACUGCUGGUCAUGAGUCAAGGAAUCCAUCUAUGAGGAUCUUAUUUCCUACCAUUGAAAGAGUGAAAAAUGGAUCCUGUGGUAUCCAGCCUUUCAGAUGCUUGCUUUCCUUGUCCGAGAAAACUUGGCGAGGAUUGAGAGCUGCAGAUAUAUUUCAUGAUGCCAUUCCUCAUCCAUGUAAUAGAGUAGGAUAUCCAAUGCAUGUCAAGGUUGCUCGUAGGCGCUUUGUGUCCAAAGCAACCAUGUCCUCAUUUGGCUGGAUAUAUUGCGGAUCUCACAAUUUCAGCCCAGCUGCUUGGGGACGCACUGCUGUGUCCACUGCUUCAAGUCUAAGAUUGCAUAUUUGCAACUAUGAACUUGGUAUUUUAUUAAUUGUGCCCCCAUCAGAUACAUCAGAGGGAACUGCUGGAAAGGGUUUUAAUCUAGAUGAUAUUACCUUGCCAUUCGUCAUGCCUGCACCAAAAUACCAAGAUAGUGAUAGGCCGGCAACUGCACAGGCCAUGCGGGAGGCUGUUGCUGUUCUGCUGAGAGACAAGUCAUCAGUGGCGGUAGCCACGGAAGAGGUGAGUGAGGAUAUCCCAGAUGAAGAAGAAGUGUUUGAGGCAUCUGAUUAUUUCACCGAAGAGAAAGAGGAGGAGAAGAUCUAUGCAGAGAUGCUUUGGAGCCAGGUGGACUCCGAAAGCUGAUCCAAAUUGAAAUCAACUGUUCUCUAUAUUUAGAGUUGCAGCUGCACAGGAAACACAUCCUAUUUCAGGUAACCAGUAAAUGCAUCGUUUCAAAGUGGAGCUGCUAGUAAAAGAUUUGUGCCAUAUGUCAUGCUAAAAUGCUGAAGCAUACCUUGGAGGCAAGAAGCCAAUCAUUUAUCGAUACUGAAAAAUAAGAAGUCAGCAAGUUGUGGGCAAUGUGUGCUUUGUUCAUUAGCUGAUAAACUGAAUAACAUGACAAGCAAAGAUGGGGCAACCUGGCAAUGUAAAGACAAAUUAGAGUUUCAGGAGUCUUUGUCCCAUGCAAUUGGCCCAUCAGUACAUUCUCUGGACUUGGAAGACUAUGUUGUAUAUGAUGUAUAUGAUUGAAUUAUCAUUAUUUAUAUAAUUUAAUCUAUUUCUAUGCAAAAUAAGGACAAACUUCAUUUGCAGGAAUGUUGAUUCUUUUCUAUA